UCUGGUGCACCGGCUGCGAGGCUGCAGCGGAAGAGUCACAGAAAUCAGAUCUCUCUAAACUGAACUUUACUUCUGCACUCGCUUCUUUUGUAAAACUUGCUUUGUUAACUUUUUCUACUUUACCUUGAAAUUUUUUAGUAUUUUUUUCUUUGUCAAAAUGACUGGUAGCCCACUGACAGGGUUACUGGUUGCGCUGUGCGUAAGCAGCGCAGUCCACGGCUUGCCAAAGAAGAGCAAAAGACAAACUGGCCAGUAUCAGGUGUAUCCUGAGCUCCGUGACGCAGCGGCCGUUAGUCCAGUCGGCUGUGAGGAUAAUGGUCGCUCAUACAGACCGAACGAGCAGUGGGAGAAACCCUACCUUGGUAGUACACUGGUGUGCACGUGCAAUGGAGCAGCAGGCAUCAAAUGUAAAAGCAAACCUGAAGUGGAGGAGACCUGCUAUGAUAAGUACAAUGACCGGACAUACCGGGUCGGUGAAACCUACGAGAGACCGAAGGACGGGAUGAUGUGGGACUGCACCUGUAUUGGUUCCGGUCGUGGCAAGAUCAGCUGUACCAUAGCAAAUCGUUGCCAUGAAGGUGGAAGGUCUUAUAAAAUCGGGGACACUUGGCAGAGGCCUCAUGACACUGCCGACUACAUGCUGGAGUGUGUGUGUCUCGGAAAUGGCAAAGGAGAGUGGACCUGCAAACCUGUGGCUGAGCGUUGCUACGACAACAAUGCUGCAUCAUCUUACGUCGUGGGGGAGACCUGGGAGAAACCGUACCAAGGCUGGAUGAUGCUUGACUGCACCUGUCUGGGAGAGGGAAAUGGACGCAUCACAUGCACCUCAAGGAACCGCUGCAACGACCAGGACACCAGGAGGUCAUACCGCAUUGGAAACACAUGGACAAAGACUGACACAAGUGGACACAACCUGCAGUGUCUGUGCUCAGGAAACGGCCGUGGAGAGUGGAAGUGCGAGAGACACAACGCAGGCCGAAGCACAGGCACCGUCGUGUUGACCCCCACCCAUUCCCAGACUCUGCAGCUGCCCGAGCCCCCCGUCGAAGGGGCAUGCCGCACAGACUCUGGAGCCACUUACUAUGAUGGACAGCGCUGGUUCAGAAACCAGGGCAGCAAGCAGAUGCUGUGUACCUGUCUGGGCAACGGAGUCAGCUGUCAGGAGUGGGAGACCAGGAAGCAGACCUAUGGUGGCAACUCCAACGGCCAGCCAUGUGCAUUCCCAUUCGUCUUCAGCGGGAAGACCUAUUACUCCUGCACCUCAGACGGACGCACAGAUGGACAGCUCUGGUGCUCGACAACCUCAGACUUUGAGAGAGACCAGCAGUACUCUUUCUGCACCGAGAAGAAUGCCAUUGUGGCAACACGAGGUGGAAACUCCAACGGCGCCCUGUGCCACUUCCCCUUCCUCUACAGUGGCCGCAACUACACUGACUGCACCACAGAUGGACGCCGUGAUGGCAUGAGGUGGUGUGGUACCACCCACGACUACGACACGGAGCAGCGCUUUGGAUUCUGCCCUAUGGCUGCCCAUGAGGAAGUAUGUACCACCAACGAUGGGGUGAUGCACCGUGUGGGCGACAAGUGGGACAAACGCCAUGACGUCAUGGGUCACAUGAUGGAGUGCACAUGCCAGGGCAACGGCCGUGGGGAGUGGAGCUGUGUUGCUCACUCACAGCUGCGAGAUCAGUGUGUUGUUGACGGCUUGUACUAUGAGGUAAACCAGGAAUUCUCCAAGCGCCACGACGAGGGCUACAUGAUGAACUGCACCUGCUACGGACAGGGACGUGGACGCUGGAAGUGUGACGCCAUCGAUCAAUGUCAGGAGCCACAAACCAGAACCUUCUAUCAGAUUGGAGAGACAUGGGAGAAAAUCAUCCAUAACAUCCGCUACCGCUGUUACUGCUAUGGCAACGGGAUUGGCGAGAUGAGAUGUGAACCUCAGCAGACCUACCAAAGCGGCCACAGACCUGUCCAGGUGAUCAUCACAGAGGCAGGGAAACAGCCAGACUCCCACCCCAUUCAGUGGAAUCCCCCUUCAUCUGUUCACAUCACCCAGUACAUCCUCAAAUGGAGAAUUAAAAAUAGCGGUAGUCCCUGGAGGGAGGUCACCGUCCCUGGCCACCUCAACUCCUACACCAUCAGCGGGCUGCGUCCAGGCGUCACCUACGAGGGUCAGCUGAUCAGCAUCCUGAGAUAUGGACGCCGUGAGGUCACACGCUUUGAUUUCACCACCACCCACGGUUCCUUGGAAACAUCAGAGGGAGAGACGACCCCACUUCCUCCAGUGGUGGACACUUCCGAGUCUGUGACAGAGAUCACCUCAAACAGCUUCGUUGUGUCCUGGACAUCAGCCUCUUCUACCAUCUCUGGCUUCAGGGUGGAGUAUGAGCUCAGUGAGGACGGGGCCAAGCCGAAAGUCCUGGAUCUCCCUCGCACAACCACCUCUGUCACCAUUGGCGACCUCCUGCCAGGACGCAGAUACAAUGUCAAUGUCUACGAACUCCCUAAUCAGGGACAGCCAAACCUCAUUCUGACUACCUCCCAGACUACAGCUCCUGACACCCCGGCUCAGCAUGCAGUUGAUGAGGUGGGAGAGACCUCCAUCCGAGUCAGCUGGACCAGGCCUCAGGCUCCUAUUACUGGUUACCGUGUGGUGUACACGCCGUCAGUGGAGGGCAGCAGCACUGAGCUGAACCUGCCAGACUCAGAGACCUCAGUGACCCUUGUUGACCUUCACCCUGGUCUCCUUUACAACAUCAGCAUCUACGCUGUGGAGGAAGACCAGGAGAGUGAGCCUGUUUUUGUACAAGUCAACACCGCUGGAUCUCCUCUACCAGAGGAGGUCCCGGCACCCACAGACUUGCAGUUCUACGAGGUUACAGACAUGAAGAUCACCAUCACCUGGACUGGUCCACCCAGCGAGGUGACCGGUUACAGAGUGCACUUCACUCCUGUCAGUCCUGACGGCACUGAGACGAGGCUCCUGCAGCUGCCCAUCUCCCCCAACGCAUAUGCUGAUAUCACCCACUUGCAGCCUGGCACACCGUACCGCUUCUACAUCUACGCCAUCAACAGUGGAGUGGAAAGCAAGCCACUUGUGGGAGAAAAGUCUACCAAACCUGAUACACCCACCAAUGUGCGAUUCACUGACAUCGGCCCUGACAGUGCACUGGUCAUCUGGGAGGCUCCCCGCGCCAUCGUCAGUGGCUACCGUCUCUUCCUGAGCAUUGAGGGCUCCAACCCCAUCGAGAAGAGGAUCCCCGGCAGGGUCACCCAGUACCCUUUGAGGAAUUUACGUCCAGACACCCAGUACACUGCCACCCUGCACUCCGAGCUGAACAACGAGCUCAGCGAGGGCGUCACUACAUAUUUUACCACCACUCCCCAGAUGGGAAAUAAUCCUACUUUCGCCACUGAGGUCACUGAUACCUCCAUCAUCAUCACCUGGGUACCUGUCCGCAGGUUCAGCUACAAGCUGUCUGUGCUCCCCAGCCAGACAGGCGAGUCUCCCAGAGAGGAGACCUCUGACUCUGGACGCAUUGAUAUUCCCGGUCUGACUCCUGGAACUCAGUACACCUACAGCGUUCAGCCCAUCUUCAACGGACGCAACCGUGGAAACCCCAUCACCCGCAAUGUCGUCACUCCCCUGUCUCCUCCCACUGACCUCAGAGUGGAGUCCAACCCUGUCACAGGAGAUCUCACUGUCCACUGGGUAGCUUCCAAAACACCAGGCAUUACAGGCUACAGAGUAACAAGCACGCCAAUGAGCGGCCAGCGAGGAAACUCCCUGGAAGAGUUCGUCCGAGCUGAUCAGACCUCUUGCACGCUAGAGAGCCUGAAUCCGGGGGCAGAGUACAACAUCAGUGUCUUCACUACCAAGGGCCAUUUGGAGAGUGUGCCAGUGUCCACAAUUGUCACACCAGCCAUUCCAGCUCCUACCAACCUGAGGUUUAGCGGUGUAGGUCCUGACCACAUCAGGGUGACUUGGACAGUCCCCCAUGUUGCCAAUCCAAGCGACAUCUCUCGAUUUGUCAUCCGUUACCACCCUGUAGCCACAGAUGACGACAUCAAGGAGGUCAAUGUUGGAGGAGCCACCAACACCUUCGUGCUGGAGAACCUGCUGCCCAACACCGAGUACAGUAUCAGUGUUAUGUGUGUGUACGGUGAACGAGUGAGUGAGCCAGUCACAGGGACUCAGAGGACAACUCUGGACUCCCCCACUGGCUUGGAUUUCUCUGACAUCCGCACCAACUCCUUCACUGUCCACUGGCUGGCUCCAACCGCUGCUAUCACCGGCUACCGCAUCCGCUAUCAGAAGACGAGCGGCGGGAGGGCCAAGGACGAAAGGCUGCCCCCAACCAGGAACUACUACACUUUGACCGGACUGACACCAGAGACUGAGUAUCUGAUAUAUGUGUACGCUGUCAGCAACACUCAGGAGAGUCAGCCUCUGACUGGCACACAGGCCACCAUCUCUGAUGCCCCUACUGACCUUGAAGUAACAUCGUCCACCCCCACCAGCAUAUCCAUUCGCUGGGACGCCCCUUCUGUCACGGUGAAGAACUACAGGAUCACCUACGGAGGCACAAGUGGCGAGGCUCCUCAAGAGUUCACAAUCCCAGGCACUCAGACUUACGCCACCAUCAAUGGUCUGAAGCCCAGUACUGACUACACCAUCACAGUCUAUGCUGUUACAGGAAGAGGGGACAGCCCCGCCUCCAACACCCCGGUCUACAUCACGCACAGGACAGAUACUGAGCCCCCCACUGACAUGCGACUGACUGAUGUUAGUGACAACGCCCUCACAGUGCGCUGGUCUCCUGCUCAGGGACCAAUCAGAGGCUACAGAAUCACCAGUGUUCCCAAGAAUGGGUUGGGACCCUCCUACUCUGAGGAGGUGGCCCCUGAUCAGACUCAGAUGACGUUCACAGGUCUGAUGCCCACUGUUGAGUACGUUGUGAGUGUCUAUGCCCUGGGCAAUGAUGGACAAUCCUCUUCACCCGUGUCGGACAGUGCUAUCACUGCUAUGGAUCGUCCCAAGGACCUGACCUUCUCCGACAUUGACUCCACCUCCAUGCGCAUCACUUGGGACAGUCCAGACGGUACCGUGACAUCAUACCGUGUCCUGUACUCCAGCUCAGAGGAGAGCGAGAGGGAGCUGCGUCCAGCACCCAGAGGUGAUCAGGACACUGUGGUGCUGAGAAACCUCCGCCCCGGGACAGAGUACACUGUAAAAGUCAUCGCCCUCCAUGACCGCACACCCAGCAAACCGUUGGUGGGAACCCAGGCGACAGUGAUCCCUGCUCCGACCAACCUGGUGAUCUCAGAUGUCGGUCCCUCCACCUUCACCGUGUCAUGGCGUGCUCCCAGUGCACGCCUGUCAGGCUACCGUGUGGUUGUCAACCCCAAGGACGUCAAUGGACCGACCAAAGAGAUGAACAUAGCUCCGGACACCACGCGUGUUGUUGUACCGGGACUCAUGGUGGCAACCAUAUACCAGAUACACGUCUACGCCCUGAAGAACUCUGUCACCAGCAGACCGCUGGAGGGGGAGGCGACCACACUGGAAGAUGUAAGUCCUCCUCGGCGUGUGCGCAUCUCUGAUGUGAAGGAUACGUCUUUCACGCUGACCUGGCGCUCCAAAGUGGAAACCAUCACUGGUUUCCUCAUCGAAGCCACGCCCCACGGUGGCUUGCAUGCCCCCAUCAUCAGAACCAUUCCAGGACAGACUUACACCUACACUCUCACAGGUCUGCAGCCAGGCACCACGUACUCUGUUAACCUGUACACCCUGAAUGGCAACACAAAGAGCGCCCCCUUCAGUCUCAUGAUACAAACAGCUGAACCAGUGGUCCAGGCUCCCACCAACCUCCAGUUCACAUCUUUGACCCCCACCUCCAUCUCCUUCACCUGGCAGCCACCUGCCACACACAUCACAGGAUACCACGUCACCUACGAGGAGUCAGGAGGAGCACCACGAGAGCUUACCCCACGACCCCACCCCGGCCAAAACUACGCCACCAUAUCUGGUCUGAGACCAGCCACAGAGUACAUCAUUAAGAUCAUCGCUAUCCAGAACACAAAGAGGAGCACACCUCUGGUGGGCAAGAUCAGGACUCAACCCGACUCCUUGCUUCCCCUGCCGCUGCCCCGCCCUGGAGGGGUGCUGGAUGUGCCUGAAACUGACUUGGACAACACAGUCCAGGUAGUGGGCAACAGUGGCCAGGAUGCGCAUAGUGGUCAGAGCCAGACUGUGGAGUACACAGAGUACAACAACAACGGAGGCAACAUCAGAUUUAACGGGAACAUUGACAACCCACAGUCGCCCUAUGGGCAAGUUCGUGAGCCCUUGGUAUUUGUGCCCCUUCCUGAUGCAGAGGGCCGCAGAUUGCCCAUCCUGAAGAUGAACGUACCCGUCGGCUCCACAUUUGAUAACGAGACAGGAGUGCCGCAGGAGGCCCAAACUCAGACUACUAUCUCCUGGAAGCCUUACAAGCAGAGCAACGCCUACCUGGUGUCCUGCCAACCCAUCACACACUUAAACGAGAAGAUGUUCCAAGUCAGGCUGCCAGGCACAGCCACCACUGCUACCCUGAUAGGACUCUCCCCCGGAGCGAACUACAACGUGAUGGUGGAGGCUCUGAUAGGGGCGCUCAAACACAAGGUCCUGGAGCAGGUCAUCACGGCUGGGAACACAAUUCCAGAGGGUGUGCCCGCCAAUAAGGACUCAUGUUAUGAUGCCUUCACUGCCACCUACCACGAUGUUGGUGGUGAAUGGGAGCGGAUGUCUGAGACCGGCUUCAAGCUGUGGUGCAAGUGCCUGGGUCUGGGAAGUGGUCACUUCAGAUGUGAUUCAUCUAAGUGGUGCCAUGACAAUGGCAUCAACUAUCGCAUUGGAGAGAAGUGGGACCGCCGUGCAGAAAAUGGUCACUUGAUGAGCUGCACUUGUUUGGGCAAUGGCAAAGGAGAGUUCAAGUGUGAACCACAUGAUUCCGUGUGCUACGACGAUGGCAGAACUUACCAGGUGGGAAACCAGUGGCAGAAGGAGUACAUGGGUGCUAUCUGCACCUGCACAUGCUUUGGAGGACAGCAGGGCUGGCGAUGUGAGAACUGCCGCAGACCAGGUGGGGAUGUCGACGCCAGUCUGCUGCAGCCUGUCAGAUAUGGAAACACACUACGCAAUAUUCACUGCCCCAUUGAGUGCCUCCGACCCGACCUGCUGGCAGACGCAAUCGCUCCUCAGAAUCCUCGGGAGUAAAAGUAUCAGACGUCCGCUUUGCUCCGUCAUCAUCCAACCGCUGCACUGUCUCACCCUGUAAAGCCAUGCUGUCUGCGACUGAACUAACAGCCUUAUCACUUUCUGACACACGUUUAGCCAAAGAUGUUACACUGCCCUGCUGCCUGAUCCGAGUGAUCCUCCUCUAAAGCCAGUCUUUUCACUGUCGACUGUCAAGUCUCUAAAUUCACGCUCAAAUCAGAAAGACUCCUGCCGUUUCUUUCUUUUGUGUAACAUUCCCUUCCACAUAUUUGUGUCUGUACCUCAAUGAAAGUUAUUUAGUACUUGCCACCAGUCAGAUUUAUAGACUUCUCAAAUUGGCAUUUGUUUUCCAUUUAAAAAUUCAGCAACAUUUUCUCACCAAAGAGCAUCAACUGUCAGAAAGUAAGCACUGUGUUAAAGAAUGCAAAUGUAGUUAUUAACAAUGUUGAAAUUGUCCAUGAAAAUGUGCUUUUCUUCUCUGUAGCCCUUCUUCUGUUACUAACUGAGGGGUCGCACUGUGUGUGAUUGACACAUUAUGAUUUCUAAUGUCUUUUUACUAAUUUAUCCCUUUUAAUCGGUGUGUGAAUGUGUGAACUGGGAUGUGAGAAUUUGAACUGUUCUAUUUUUGUACUUUGUUGUCCGUGCCAAAGUUGUUUCUACCUUUUGACAAAAAGAAGUCCCUUAUUUUAAUAAAGCUGGAGAGAUCCUGAAACCUAA